UUUAAAUAUUUUUUAUUUUCAUUUUUUAUUAACUAACCUUAAUUUUUUUAGGUUAUUCACAUAAUUUUAUAAUCCGACAAACUAAGGACUAAUUCGUUGCGGAUCUGAGCUCUAUUUAAAAAUUUAUCGGUAGCCUAGAUUUAUUAUAUAUACAAAACAGGAUUCUCAGCACUUGCUUAAAUGAAUUUUUUUUAGUUUUGUUUUGUGUUUAAUAUAAAUAAAUAGUUAAAAAUAUAAACCAAGAGUAAUUUAUUUUUAUAAAAAAUACUUUAAUAAAUUGGUCCAAUAAAUUUAAUAGCCUUUUUUAUCUAUAAUUUAAUUUUUUAAUUAAUAAAUUUUACAAAAAAUUUAUAUCUAACCUUUUUAAUAAAAUGAGCCGAGCCACGAACUCCGACGGUAGCUCGGCGCACUUCCACACCUAGUUUCCAGUGGCUUUGUAUCUGAUAUUCAAAUACAAAGGCACCCCUAACAGUCUUCCUCUCUCCCUCACACUCGCCUCUUGGCAUUGUCUAUCUAGCAAGUAGAAACCCUCACUUCCUCUCUCGCAACCCUCGCCUUUCAACCGUCGCCAGCCGCCUCAGACAAAGUCAGUCACCACUCACCAUCCUCCACUCAAUCCGUCAGUCUUGCCGCUCCCAUAUGUGGUUGUAGCUUCUUACUGCUCUGCCUCAUUUCUCAAGGCUAGAAUAUGUCUAUGUAGCUGUAGCUUCUAUAAAUCGUAUCUAUGUGUAGGUCGUCUUCUGUAAAACGAUACCGUUAAUUAUUUCAGUCUCAGGUAACAUGUCUGAGAAUCCACUGCAGGCUCUCUUUCAUAACUUUGAGCAUGUCUCCAAUUUCGUUCAACGCCAUCUCUCUAAUCUCAUAGGCCUUCAUCCUCAUCCUCAAUCAUCAGGACCCUCACCCUUUGUUAGACCUCCCCUUUUCUCCAUCUCUUCCUACUCCAAAAAUCCACUGGCAAAAACUAGUAAUCCUGUACAACUACGUGAUUCGGCUCUCGAGGCAAAGCCUGCUUCCCCAGUGUCUAAAGAAGAUCUUGGAAGGGCCACUUGGACUUUUCUUCACACUCUUGCUGCCCAGUAUCCAGAUAAUCCUACAAGACAGCAAAAGAAGGAUGUAAAAGACCUGGUACAGAUCUUAACUCGAUUAUACCCUUGCAAGGAAUGUGCAGAUCAUUUUAAAGAAGUUAUCAGAGCAAAUCCGGUACAGGCCGGGUCACACGCGGAGUUUUCACAGUGGUUAUGUCAUGUGCAUAAUGUUGUUAAUAGAAGCCUGGGUAAACCAGUUUUUCCAUGUGAACGAGUUGAUGCAAGGUGGGGUAAACUGGACUGUGAGCAGAAAGCAUGUGAAGUUAUUGGAAGUACAUCAAUUUUUGGAUAGAUAUAGCGCAGAAUUAUUUAUUAUAGAAAUGAUAGCUACAUUUUACACUAAUGAUGCAUCCGAAGAGGUUCAUAAAGUAAUGGAAUUCAUAAAUGAUGGAUAAAUUCAACGAUGAUUAAUUACUCAAUUGAUUAUAUUACCAAUUUUUUUUACA